AUGCGUUCAAAACCAAAAUCUCGGGGCCGGAAGGGCUCGACCCUGGCUGGUCUCCUAUUAUCAGCAGUGCUUCUUCCUGAGGCGGUGUCUGCUAACUAUCACCUUCCCUUUCAGCAAGCUCCCAUCCUACCGCCAGAGAUACCGCUGGGGGAAGCUGAACCCCCGUCAGAAACCCAUGAGUUUUCUCUUCGCCACAUUUUCCAUCGAGGUUCCUUCGAACACCCUGACCUCCAUGCGCGAUUAGACAUUCACCCCGAUACCCGCUUGUUGACUCUCUCCGAAGAUGGCAUCGAAGAGGAAACCAUCACGGCACCCACCCCCUUGGUCGCUAGCUCCAACCCGCUCACUAUACAUCGCCUGGCGGAUCGUCGCAGAUCAGUUAUUGAAGAACACAUGGCCGCCGCUCGAUUGUCGGGUGCUGUAGAGGCCAUGUCGCCCUCGGAAUGGGUGAUGGAUACUAUCCCAGGUCCAAACGUUACAGACAAGCGGACCGUUCUCACCUUUGCUAAGAUGACGGCAAAUGAUUAUAUUGAAGUACCUGGUACCGGUGAAUGGGAGAUGAUCCAUGGUCAAUUUAACUACUCACAAAGUUUCGGAUGGCAGAAAGAUGGCCUCAGAGGACAUAUUUACGCCGAUAAAACGAAUAGCACGGUCGUGAUCUCCUUGAAGGGCACAUCUCCAGCCCUUUUUGAUGGUGCCGGCACCACCACGAACGACAAAGAAAACGAUAAUAUCUUCUUCAGUUGCUGCUGCGGGCAAGGAGGAUCGUACUUGUGGAGGCAGGCCUGCGAUUGUCAAAAUGCGACUUACACGGCCAAUGUAACUUGCAUUGUUGAGGCUAUGAACGAUGAGAAUCGAUAUUAUAAAGCUUCCAUUGAUCUUUAUACCAAUGCGAGCGCACUUUACCCGGGAGCAAAUGUGUGGUUGACGGGACAUUCACUGGGUGGUGCUAUGACUAGCUUGCUUGGUCUCACAUUCGGACUACCGGCUGUCACCUUUGAGGCCGUACCUGAAGCGCUGCCAGCGGCUCGCUUGGGGCUUCCGAGCCCCCCAGGUCAUGACUCACGACUUCCGCAGACUCGGCAGCACACAGGAGCUUUUCAUUUUGGACACACGGCAGAUCCGGUGUAUAUGGGCACCUGCAACGGCAUCAACUCAAUCUGCACAUGGGGUGGAUAUGCCAUGGAAUCUGCGUGUCACACGGGUCAGAUGUGUGUUUACGAUACGGUGGCCGAUAAGGGCUGGCGCGUGGGGAUUGGCACCCACAAGAUCAGGAAUGUCAUCUCGGAUGUUCUGGAAGUAUAUGACGAUGUUCCACCGUGUGCGCCCGAGGAAGAGUGCUAUGAUUGCGUGCUCUGGAAGUUCUUUCGCAGCAAUGGCUCUGAGAUCACUACGACCACCACGGCAACCACCACAUCACCUACUUUUACGCGUACUGAAACUUGUAAAACGCCAGGCUGGUGGGGCUGCCUGGAUGAUUCAACCACCAUCACGACUACCUCAACUACCUCUACCUCCACGUCCACUUGUAAAACACCAGGCUGGUUCGGGUGUAACGACCCUACCACCACUACAACCAUGUCUACGACAUCGGCAUACUCAACCACAUCGACUUGCAAGACUCCCGGGUGGUUUGGCUGUAACGACCCCACAACAACUACGGCUGCCGCGACCCCAGGGCCUACGAUGGUCACGACAAUCCCGACUGCAACCUCAACCACCUGUCAUCAUCCCGGGUGGCUCGGAUGCAAUGAUCCUACGACCACGCAUCAACUACCGGCAUCUACAACGUGCGCAACUCCAGGUCUGAUAUGGGGAUGCUGGGACGAGCCGACUCGUACUCAUGCCAUCUCCCCUCCACCCACCUCAGUACCUACGAACACGCAUCAACUACCGGCCUCUUCAUCAUGUGCCAAACCAGGUCUGAUAUGGGGAUGCUGGGACAAGUCGACCCACGCUCAUGCCAUCACUCCUCCACCCACCUCCAUACCCACCACCCCAACUUCCCCCAACCCCAAGACAUGCACACACAAAUUUUUCUUUGGGUUGAUUUGUAUAAACUAA